AUGGACCUUGAAGGUGAUCAAAGGCAUGAAUCAUUUAUUCCCAAGAUUCACUGCUGUAUAUGUGGACUCCUCAUCGACAGCAACCCCAGUAACAUGUGUCCCAAUUGCCUUCGUGCGCAUGUCGAUAUCGUUGAUGAUAUCCAAAAAGAAUAUAUUCUGAUUUAUUGCCCUGAAUGUCAGCGCUACAUGCAGCCACCGAAUUACUGGGCUCGCGCAGACUUUGAAAGUCGUGAGCUGCUCACAAUUUGCUUAAAGCGUAUCAAGGGGAUCAAAAACACCACCGGUGGAGGUGUCAAUAGCAGCUCCGCUAAUAAGGCUCGGCUUGUGGAUGCAAAAUUCAUGUGGUCGGAGCCACACAGCAAGCGCAUUUUGGUUAAUCUCACGGUACAAAAGGAGGUUCUCAGUAAUAUUGUGAUCCAGCAGUCAUGCCAGAUCCAGUAUGUUGUGAAUUGGCAGCAGUGCCCGACCUGUCAGAAGGUCGCCACUGGCCAGCCUCAGUGGGAUGCAUGCAUUCAGCUUCGGCAAAAGGUGAGCCACAAAAAAACUUUUCUGUAUUUAGAGCAGGUUAUCCUCAAAAAGCGCUUACACGAAAACUUCACGCGCAUUGAAAAUCAACCAGACGGGUUGGAUUUCUAUUUUGGCCACAAAAGCCACGCUCUGAACUUCAUCGAGUUUUUACACCGCAUGGCCCCCGUAACGCGUCGUGAUGCGGUGCAAUUAGUCUCGCAUGAUUCCAAAAACAACACCGCCGUGCAGCACUACACCUACUCUCUGGAUAUCGCCCCGAUAUGUCGAGGCGAUCUCGUGCUUCUACCGUACAAGGAUUUUUAUUUGAAAUCAAUGGGAGGCAUGGGACCCUUAGUUUUGGUUCACAAGGUUUACAGCUCCAUUGUCUUCUUUGAUCCCAAAACCCUGCGUGCGGGCGAGGUCACGGGCUCUUUGUAUUGGAAGAAGCCCUUUCCUUCUCUUUUGACGACCCGCGAGAUGUCCGAGUUUUACGUCUUAGAAUGCAGCCCCAUGGCCCACACCAACGGGAUUUUCCAGCUUGGCUUAGUGACGGUGUGCUUGUCAUCUGAGAUCGGGAAAGGGCGGGAGUGGGUCGUGCAGUCCCAUCUCGGAGGUAUUCUCAACCCGGGCGACCUCGUGAAGGGGUACCUCCUUAGCUCUCGAAAUAUUUCGAAUGAGGACUUAGACGACGGCCGUUACCGGCCUGAGGAGCUGCAGGAUGUGGUUUUGGUGCACAAAUUUUUCCCAUCGCAAGGACGCCACCGCAAUCGCCGGCUGUGGAAGCUGAAGAAACUUGAUAUCGUCACCUCUCAAGGGGAUCGUACUACUAUGAAUGCCCCACGGCAUCCAGGCGGGGUUGCGAAUUCUCAUGGCGUUUCCUCGCGCGUCACGCGCCACGACAAUCACAAGGACGAUGCCAACGAUGAUGAGGCUGAGUUCGAAGAUGAGAUUGAGUGGAAUAAGGAGCUCCGCAAGGAUAUCAACAUCUACAGGAAGAUGGAAAGCGAGAUGGAUCCGAUCGUGAGGCGUCACCAAGCGGACAACGAGGCUGGUGCACAGUACGGUCAUGAGGGCGUUUGUGUUAGCAAAGAAGAGGAUGAGGACGAUGAGGAGAUACCGCAAAUUAGCUUAGAAGAAAUGCUGGAUGAACUCCAGAUUGGUGACGGCAAUGAAUCAGCGACGGAGACCAAUGAUGUGGGACCUAGCAAUGAGCAGUUAGCCAGGGGAUCUGCUAACGCUCUCCCUGAUGACAAUGAGGACAAUUACAAUAAGAAACUUCGAAUUGGUUGA